UAUCGCUCCAAAAAUACAGGCAUAGCAAAUCCAUGUCAUUAGUUUAUCAACAUACACGGAUACACCUUUAUAUAUAACCAUCAACAUGUAUUAUAUUAUGCCUUCAAUUCUGUCGACCCGCAAAUCAAGAGGCCGACCAUUUGAUUCUCCGACCAUCGUCAAUAUAUGUCACACACUCACACUACAAAGCCAAAGGUAGGGUUUUUUUUUCUUUGAAUUUGGUCGACCAGUGAAAAUAAGCGAUCGACCGUUGUUUUCCUUUGCAUCGGUAGAGUUCUCUUGUGUGUCAUAUAUGUCAACCACUUUCAAAAAAUGUGUUUUUUUUUUCCACUUGAAAGCACCAUAACCAUACAAAAUAUUAAAUUCCUUUCACUUUCAUCCAUUUUAUCGUCCAAUCUAGCUACCACCGAUUGCACUGAACAACCUCAAAAUUGAAAUCCUUUUGAAUCGAAACCUCAAAUUUAACCUUAACCUCGUUGUAUUAAUGCCAGGGUGAAAUCCCCAGAAUUAUUAAUCCAACUUUUUGGUCCCCAAACGUUUCUACUACAAUAUGGCAACGGGCUGCAUGUCCUAUAAAACGUCUCAUGCAUGUCCUGGUAAGGUACACGCAACGUAUCCUCGGCCAUUUUAAAAGAAAGUGCAACCUUAUUGGCAUACGCAAAAUUCCAAUUGAGAUGGAGUUAUUAUAUAUUGUUAGUUGCAACUCUCAGUAAUAUAUAACCAACAAAACCUGAAACUUAUAUAUAUACAAGUGAUAGGCUAAGCAUUACAUUUGUCAAUAUGGAAUAAUCAAGUUUAAGGAGAAGAAAAGGGUAUACUAAUUAAGAAAUUAACGCGGUGGAUUGUUUCGGUUCAACGAUUAAUAAAAAUACAUUGAAACAACGGAAAGACGUGUUUACGAUCGAAAAAUCGUGAACAUCGUUCCAGACCAAACUCUUGGCAAUCUAAUUUUAAUACAUUAUGUAAACCUCGUAACACUAUUAAGUAAGCUCUCGAUCCUCAUAAGUAACUAAGCCGAGUUGAAAGCAUGCAACUAUAACAAAACAAAAUCGACCUUUCUGCUAUCUCGCUUUUCUUCUCCUUUGUUUACGAUUAAGAACUCUUUGAAACCUUCUUCGAACCUCCCCUACUGAUCUCUGUAAUUUACCCCAUAUAUUUUUUUCUAUCUAACCAAAGAAACAUGAAUUUAACCUUUUCAUUCUUUCUUUCUUCUCCUCCUCCUCCUAAUACCUUUGAACUAUUUUUCUUAUCAUGAGUCAUCACAUCAAACCAUGAACAAUUAACCAAAACAAAAAGGAAAGAUGAGGAAACUUCAAAAUGUGAUCUAAAAGGGUUAUAUAGUGGAGAGUGGAGACCAAAGUGCCAUAAUUGCACUCUCAACCUACCCUACUAAACACAUUCAUGAGACACCAUCCUCAACUGUCCUCCACCCCUUCUCCCAAAUCCCAAUCAAUGCUUCUUCUUCCUCCCCCCAAAAAACCUAUUAUAUAUUCACUCCCCUUCUCUCCCAAUCUCUUCCAAGUCUCUCAUACCAAUAAAAAAAAACAAUGAAGACCCAAAAGAUCUUCUCCUGCUUCUUCUUCCUCCUCCUCUCCAUCCUCCUCAUCAUCACCACACUCUCCGCCGCAGCCCGGCCCGAACCCGAGUCCAGCAACGACGGAGGCGGCGGGUUCUUCGGGCCGGGGACGGGGAUCCCGGAGUUCGGGAAAGGGUACUGGGGGAACGGGCCGGUCAUGGGCGGCGGGUACGGGUCCGGGUUCGGGGGCCCAAAGGGCGGGUACUCGAAGAGCGGCACAUACAGGCCGUCCGUGGUCUGCAAGGAGAAAGGCCCCUGUUUCAACAAGAAGCUCCGCUGCCCGGCCAAGUGCUUCUCCGCCUACAGCCGCUCCGGGAAAGGGUACGGCGGCGGAGGCGGCGGUGGAGGGUGCACCAUGGAUUGCAAGAAGAAGUGCGUGGCUUACUGUUGAGUGAAAGAUGGCCGCCGCAGACGCGGGGAAGGAUCAGGUGCGGGGAUGACUAUUUGCUUGUUGUAGUGCUACACUUCUAUAUCUAAGUAUAUAUAUAUAGAGAGAGAGGUCUCGUUAUAAUACGUCUGUAUGUUUAAACAAUGACGAUCUAGCAGCGGUUUUCCAUGUUUGCUUUGUACUACUAGUACUUUGGAUGGUGAUGUAACGAUAUGUGUAUUUUAUAUAAGCGAUCGUAUUAUGUUAUAAUCUCGUAGAUAUAGACAUGCAUUAUAAACGAAAACGAUCGUAUUAUGUUAUUAGUGUCAAGAACCAGUUGACCCCAAUAACUCGAGUUGUUGGGAGAGGUUCAAUCGUGAAACAUAUACCACAACACUAACAACCAGUAUUUCGAGUGCACACUCGUGUUUCCGGUCAUUGGACAACUAAACCGCUAGUUGAUUGGAUCGUGUGCAUUAAUUGUGUCUCGUUGUCGAAAAAUCAGAAAAUAGACGUCUCAGAAGCCGAGUGCUUUGUGUUCUUAAUAAAGUUCUAUAUCGAUU